AUGACGAGGAAGGAUGUUGGACAAUCUAAGCAAUUUGAGGAAACGGUGACUAUAUCCUUAAGCAACGAUCAAGUGUCGAAUCAGGUCAAUGGGGAGGAUCUUGAAAAAAAAUCACAUGAACUUUCAGGAAACAAAUACUUGAGGUGGCUAGUUACGGCAUCUAGGAAGCUAGAUUCUCUUGGAGUUGAGUCCCAAGGUAUUGAACGUAUUUCUCCGUUUGAACGUGGUACGUCGAAGAGGCAGUUUUUACACGUAGCUGGGUUGUGGCUCAGUGCUACCGGAGGUUUAUCGUCGAUGUCAUCGUAUUUCCUGGGACCAUUACUAUUUGAAUUGAAUUUCAGACAAUGUUUGGUUUCUGGUCUUGUAUCUAUGCUGAUAGGAUGCCUGAUCGCGGCCUAUUGCUCGAUAAUGGGCCCUCAAUCCGGUUGCAGACAGAUGGUUACUGCCAGAUUUCUAUUUGGAUGGUGGUUUGUUAAACUGGUUGCAUUGGCGUCUAUUAUAGGGGUUAUGGGAUGGUCAGUUGUCAACUGUGUGGUCGGUGGUGAGAUGCUGGCGUCGAUCUCCAACGAUAAAGUUCCUCUAUGGGUUGGUAUCAUCAUUGUCAUGGCCUGUUCAUUCUUAGUGUCCGCCUUUGGAAUAAAACAGGUGCUGAAAGUCGAGACUCUUAUCUCAGUGCCCGUUUUGACCUGUUUCCUUCUGCUGUACAUCUCUUCCAGCGACAAGUUCCAUUUAAUUAAUGAAAUCGAUAAUAGUAGUGUGGAUCCAUUGACUAUCAAGGGUAACUGGUUGAGUUUUUUCUCCCUUUGUUACAGUAUUACGUCUACUUGGGGGUCGAUCACUGCUGAUUACUAUAUUCUUUUCCCAGAGGAUACCGCCAAGUAUCAAGUAUUCUUACUCACGUUCUUUGGUACUUUUGUACCUACCUUAUUUGUCGGCAUACUUGGUCUCCUACUAGCAUGCGUGGCAGUGGUUUACCAACCCUGGACUGAGGCUUAUGACAAGUAUGGAAUGGGUGGUUUAUUACAUGCCGGGUUUGAACGUUGGAAUGGGUUUGGUAAAUUCUGUGUCGUGGUUUUGAUUCUCAGUUUGGUCUCCAAUAAUAUUAUAAAUGCUUAUUCCGCCGCAUUCUCAAUCCAGCUUUCGUCUGUCUUUGCAGCUCGUGUUCCUCGUUGGUUCUGGUCAUUGGUUGUUACGGCCAUUUGUUUGAUAUGUGCCUUAGUGGGACGUAACCAUUUCAGUACAAUUCUAGGUAAUUUCCUACCAAUGAUCGGUUACUGGAUCAGCAUGUAUUUCAUACUUUUGCUCGAAGAGAACGUUAUCUUCAGAAGAUAUUUCCUACACUUGUACACCAAGGAAUUCCCACCUCAAGAGGUUGCGGUCAAUAGUUCAUCCAGGAUGAAUAUACAUGAAAUCAAGAGGAAACUAGUGGUAUCGAAAAACAGAUACAACUGGGAGAUGUGGAACAAUUACGAUGUAGUGACCCAUGGCUAUGCAGCUACAUUUGCAUUUUUAUGCGGAGUUGCUGGCGUGGUUGUUGGUAUGGCUCAAGCCUACUGGGUAGGACCCAUCGCAGCUAAUUUUGGGGAAUUUGGUGGUGAUAUCGCGAUGUGGUUAAGCAUGGGCUUUUCAGGCGCAGUAUACCCAUGGUGUAGAUACUGGGAACUACGCCAAUUUGGUCGUUAA